UACAAACAAACGUCAAACUUUACUUCGGCGACACGCAUGUGACGUCUUGAAUUUAGUUUUACAGAAAAAAUAAUUGAAAAACUAUCUGAAUUAUUAAAAACUACUCCAAGGAAUAUCGAAAAUGAGCCGGCAAGUGGAUAUUAAGGCUUUGGUGUCCCACAUAGUGCGUGGAGACGGCUCAGACAGAUGCCGAAUAUGCAUGGGCGAUACGAGCGAGGGUCAAGUUCAUUUAGAAGACACCGUCAUGAUGGAUGGAGACAAGCCUGUAACCCUCGCUGAACUGCUAGAAGUCAUCACAGGAGUCGAGGUGCUGCUGGAUGAAGACCUGCCUCUAGGAUUGUGCUCCCCCUGCUCAGUGUCAGCGCUCCAAGCCGCUGACUUCAGAAGCCAGUGCCGACGAGCUGCCUCACAGUGGGAGACAACCCUCGAACUGCUGAACGGCAUCCCAAACCACACAAAUUGCACCAGCAAUAUUGUAGCUAUUAUCACAGAGAAUAGUAUUUGUAUAACAAAGCAGGAUCUUAAAAAAGAGCAGGAGAGCACACAACCACCGUCCCCAGUUAAUACUAAAUCAGAAAAUAUUAAAAGCACUAAAUGUCAGUGCCCGUGUUGUGGCAAGCGGUUCUUAUAUGCCCAACAUUUGUGCCAACAUUUGAAGGAGUCGUCCAACAACCAACGUGCGUGUCACAUUUGUGCAGCAAUCAUGACUAGACAGGAACUGAUUGAACAUUUAAUUGAGGAACAUAAAAGAGAGCCUUAUGACUGCAAGAAGUGUCCGGCUAUGUUUCGUACCUAUACACAGUAUAAGACACAUCUUUCUAAAGCGCAUGCGUCUGGGGCCUGCACCUGUGGUGAAUGUGGCCAAAACUUUCAAAGCCAACAUGCUUAUUACGCCCAUCUAUCAGUUCAUACGCCAAAAACGUGUCCUGGCUGUGACGAGUUGUUUAGAAACCAGAAAUGUUACCACUACCACGUUAAACGCUGCUGUAACCUCGAUAGGACGCGUCUAGACGCUCAUAAAACUAAAAACAGAGUCACAAUCACAGUAAAAAAGAGGAAUAAAGACAUCAAAGUUGGUAUGCGUGGUAGUGCCGACUCCGAAUGCAUUUGUGACUACUGCAAAAAGAAGUUCGCGGGCAAGAAGUUUGUAGCUGCACACAUACAAAUAGUACAUAUGAAGAAUACACAUAGGCCUUGUGUGUACUGUGGGAAGUUGCUCGCAGCAGCUCACAUGACCACUCACGUCAAAAAACACGAGUCAACUGAGUCCUUCCAAUGUGGUCAUUGUGGUAUCAUUUUAAAAACAAAAUUAGGUUACGUUCAACACGUUCGUCUUCACACCGGAGAAAGACCAUACACUUGCAAAUUUUGCGGUGACUCCUUUUCCGCGUCCUCUCGAAGAUCAGAACACAUCAGAAAGUGUCACAGAGAUUCUGACAUUGUUCUGAAGCACGCUUGUGAGUUCUGUCCAGCUAGGUUCCGACUGCCUUAUCGGUUGAAGAAGCAUGUGAACUCGGUGCAUGGUGAAGGGAAGGAACAACUGAUGCAGUUUGAAUGCAAUGAGUGCCAUCAGAAGUUCAGCAGCUGUCGAGGGUUACUCCAUCAUAGUAGGAAGCAUCAGGAUUGUGAGGGUCCUAUCAGAGUACCGAAGCUUAAGGAGGUGGUGGAAUAUUGGAUGGAGAUGGACCCAGCGCUCCCCUGCAGCUUAUGUUGGAGCUGUUCUGAUGACACCCUAGCCGCCAUAACCUUCAAGAACCUAUGCGCGCUGUCCUCACACCACUGGACAGAGGCUUCGAACUACAUCUCCCAAGUCUACCCGCCAACAGACAAAGAUAAGGCCUACUUCAUAUUCUACAACCAGGAAAAGACCAUAGUUAGAGACCAAAUAGACAGCGUACCAACCAAAAAACAUGCUGUAGAAAGACUAAAUAUGAAGUAUGAGGUCGAGCCGGAAAAACCGCAGAAACAUAGACGUAUUUUAGGCGUAAAAGCUGCUUGCAAAUGUCCGGAUUGUGGGAAGAAGUUCUCCACGCCUGAUAAUUUGAACCACCAUCUUGGUAACACUUUAAAGCGAGCUUGCCGUGUCUGCUGCGCUGUAGUGAACAAGAAAAAGUUGGGCAGACAUUUGUUGAGCCAGCACAAGCUACAUUAUUACGAAUGCAAUAUGUGUUACAAGCUAUUUGACGCCGAGAUUCUGCUGAAACAACAUAUCAAAGAUUCGCAUGAUAAGCUAUCCCAUCCUUGUCAUGUUUGUGGUAAAAGUUACAUCAACCAACGAGCAUUGAGAGCUCACGCGCCUUCCCACUCCCUCUUCCACUGUCCUUCUUGCAAUCAAAGUUAUGAAAACAACAAAUGUUUUAAAUACCACCAGAAACAAUGCAAAUACUCUGACCGGCAACCCGUAGAGUUUUCCCACUAUUCCUGCGAUCACUGCGGCGUAUCUUAUGAUCGGAAACCCUCGUUACGGAUUCACAUGAUACAAAAACAUCUAAACGUCUUACCCUACGUUUGUCAGACUUGUGGGAAAAGAACCUCCACGCUGUCUCACUUGAGGUCUCACGAAAGAGUCCAUAAGACAGAACGGAAGAUAUUUCAAUGCUGUUGCGGUGCAAAAUUGCGAACUGAGAUAGGUUUUCAGUUACACCAGAGAAUUCAUACUGGGGAGCGACCGUAUACUUGCGAACAUUGUGGCGAUAAGUUCCUCUCGUCUUCUAGAAGGUUGGAUCAUAUAAAGAGGCGGCAUAGGGGAGUUAAAGAUUUGAAGCAUGGCUGCGAGAAGUGUUCGGCUCGGUUUAUGACCGAAGAAUCCCUAAUACCACUAGGCGCAUGCGUGACCUGCGCCAGCACCGCCCUCGCCGCCCAGGAGUUCCGCCUUUUCGUCAGAAACUCAGAAAAAGUAUGGAAAAAGGCCCUCGUUAACCUGUCCACUUUACCAUACUCGGCUGCCCCACCCGUGAAGUCUGUAUGCGCCUUUAUAACCCCAGACUUAACUAUACAAACAUUCAAAGAUUACAACACUAGUGACGCCAAGACGAUUAUUAAUCGAUUAAGGAAUCGAGUAACAAAGAAAACAGUCGAUAGAAAACCGCGAGGGGCUCGCACAGGGCCGUCCUGCAGUUGUCCUGAUUGUGGUAAAAGUUUUCUCAGCCCGUACUACUUAAAUACUCAUUUGAGAAACAGUGGGCAUAAGGAAGCCUGUUUAAUCUGUGGUUCAGUUUUCGUCAGAGGCAAAGAAAUGCAAGAACACCUGUCUUCCGUUCAUAAUGAGACUGUAUUUUUAUGUAAAAAGUGUCCAAUUUUAUGUCCAAGUGAAGUGCAGUUAAAAAAACAUGUGAAAAAGGCACAUAAAGCUGGCGUUCUGACUUGUGCUGACUGUGGAAGGACGUUCCCAAGAAACGCUUCGUUUGAAUCCCAUUCGCAAAUGCAUGCGGUUAGAACCUGUAGAGCUUGUGGAAGUCAGUUUACAAACAGAGGAUGUUAUAGAGAACAUAGGUCCCAAUGUGAACCGGAUGCUAAACCCAACGCUCAGAAUAUGCCGCGAAAUAGACGCUCCAACAUCCGUGACCCAGCUACAUUCACCUGCGACCAUUGUGGAAAAACAUACAACUCUAGACCCCAACUCAAAAACCAUAUACUCUGGAUACACAUGGAUAUACGACCUCAUCAGUGCCAAUGGUGCGGAAAAAGGUUUUACACCCCAACGCGACUGGCUGAACACACAGUCGUGCAUACCCGCGUUCGAAAUUUCGAAUGUGACAUUUGUGGCGUGAAACUAGUAUCCAAAAUGGCCGCCGUUUACCACAGGCGAAGGCAUACGGGCGAAAGGCCUUAUGAGUGUGAAGAUUGUGGAGAAAAAUUCAUUUCUGCGUCGCGUAGAUCGGAACAUGCUAAGCGGAGGCAUAAUAAGGGAUUUAGGCUGCCAUGUUUGAAAUGUCCUGCGAAUUUCGUUAGAAAACAUGAGCUGAAAAAGCAUAUGGACAAGGCUCAUAGAGAACCUGAUAGUGUCCUAUCUUGGCCUUAGUAUUUGUUUUACUUGAUUAAUUGCUUUGGGUAUUAAAAUCUCUAAAAGACAACUUUUGAUUGCGUAUGCCACAUCGAAAUAGUCCUAAGGGAACAGCCAUCCAUUUCAAUAGAUUUUCAACCCUAUCACAAUAGUGGAAGGUUAACAUUCGAUUGGUAUUUGACAGAGGGUAGAUUGACUUGCUGGCAUGUAGUUUGCGUACC